AUGAGUACAAUAUCCCCUAGCCCGAAAAAUGCCACCAGCACAGUGGCUCCCGUCGUCGAGACCCACCUGAAAGAGGAGAGAUCUCUAGUAUGGCGUCUGGAUCUGUUUUUCUUGACCAUUGGUUUUCUAGGCUAUGCAUUCAAAUAUCUGGACCAGACGAAUAUUAGUAAUGCCUAUGUCUCGGGAAUGCAGACAGACUUGAAGCUAUAUGGCAAUGAGCUGAACUACUUUACAACCUUUUUCAACAUCGGGUAUAUGGUUAUGCUGUAUCCCUCAUGCAUCAUAAUCUCCCACAUCGGUCCGUCAGUCUGGCUACCUGCCUGCGAAGUGAUUUGGGGUGUUUUGACUUGCUGUUUAUCCACUGCCACUAGUGCAAAGCAGGUAUACGGUCUUCGAUUCCUAAUCGGCUUUUUCGAAGGUGCCACUUGGCCAGGUUAUUUUACUAUCAUCAGCCAAUGGUAUCUCCCCGAAGAAAUGGCUCUUCGCAUGAGUCUGUAUAAUAUUGCCCAACCGGUCGGAGCCAUGUUAUCUGGUGCGAUGCAAGGUGCUCUUUCAACGAACCUCGAGGGUGCUCUUGGUCGGAGCGGUUGGCGGUGGGCGUUUAUCAUCAAUGGUGUCUGCACUAUUUUUAUUGCAUUAGUUGCAUUUGUUCUCUUGCCAGGAUUUCCCGAUCGCCCCAAUCCGCUUGCCAAGAUAUACCUCAGGCCUCGAGAUAUCAUCGUCGCCAAAGAGCGAACCCGUCGGAUCAACCGCAGUCCCCAGGUGGGAAUCACUGUCAAAUCAUUCCUGCGCAGCUUCAAAUUCUGGCAUGUCUGGUUAUUUGCAAUUUCCUGGUCCAUUGGCACGGGAACUACACCUGCAAAUUACUUCAACCUCUGGCUCAAGUCCUUGAAAAACCCCGACGGAACGAAGAAAUACUCGGUCGCUAUGCUUAACUACCUGCCGAUCGCGGGCCAGGCUAUACAACUGGUUGCUGAGCUUUUGUUCAGCGGCUUCAGUGAUUAUCUGGGAACCAGAUUACCAUUUUUGCUUCUUCACUCGGUCAUAAAUAUCACAUCUCUUAUUAUCUUGAUCAUACGGCCUGCAAAUGAACAUGCGUACAUGGUCGGUUGGUAUAUGAAUUACAUCGGAGCUGUGUCGACUAUGCUACUUUGUGCAUGGGCAUCUUCCUAUCUAGAGAAAGAACCACAAGCCCGAACAGUCCUUUUCGCCACUGGAACUCUCUUCUCAUACCUGUUCAGUGCCUUCUUGCCCAUUGCGGCGUACCCGGCUUCGGAAGCACCCCAUUGGAGAAUUGGUGCAAAGCUCUAUCUUGGUCUCUCUUGCUUGGCUACUGCACUCUUCGUUGUCAUCCAUUUGAUUCUCAGACAUGAGGCAAAACGAGAUAAGAGAAACGAGACGGCUGAAUCUAGGUCCGAAGAAUCACUGUAA